AUGGCCGCUACCUCUCUCCAGUGCAAGCUCUCGCUUGGGUCUCUCGUGAAGGCCGACGUGUCAUCCCUCCGACAAGGGCCCGCUGUCGUGUCAUUUCCCCAAAGAAGAGUAACUGUGCGUGCGGACCGCAAUGACUACACCGGCUAUGUGGAGAAGGACACUGCCGGCCAGGAGAACAUCUACGCCGUUGAGCCUACCGUCUAUGUGGGUAACUCCGGCAGCUCCGGUGUGGUCCUGAACGUUGUCGGCGCUGCCGCUGCCCUGGCCGGUGCAGCAGCCGUGCUAUUUGCUCUCGGUGGAUCAGACCCCGCUCCGCAAGAACAGGCGUACUCCGGACCUCCUCUUUCCUCUUACGUUAGGAAGUUCGAGGCGGAGCUGGCACCAGCUCCCGUGCAGGCUCCCGCGGUUGUUGACGAGGUUGUGGAGGCUGCACCUGCUGCUGAUGAGUGA